AUGGACCAUCCUAGCUUUUGCGUCGGCUGGGACAACUACCGGAGACUUGACGACUAUCAAGACACUACCAAUUACGUCUUGCAGACGAAUGCUGAAGCGGCCGACUACGAUGACAUCCCCACCAAUUCUCGCAAGACUUACCUCAUCGCCAUUUUCCACCGGAUCUCCCGCCAGCAACUCAACUAUCGCAAUUGCAAUGUCAACGAGCUACGCACAUUUGCCAUCCAGCGCCGACUCGCGACUGCCCCGGCCGCUCCGUCUCGAAGAAAAGUCAGAGAUGGCGAUCACAAGCGGCUAGUUCGACUGUUGGAGGCAGCUGAUGAAUCUGCCACCUUCCCGGGAUUCCUCGACCUCUCUGCUAAGCUACGCUGUCUGGUCUAUGAGCAUUAUGUAGCCAGCCUGCCCAAGAAGCUGCAAGUACCAGCACAACCGCCGAUUGCAAAGGUCAACAAACUACUGAGAACCGAGUCGUUGCCUAUCUUCUACCACGGGUGCCAGAUCCAGCUUCAUUUGCAGCAACAGCAGCGCAAGGACAGGAAGAUCUUGAAGUUCUCCAAUGAUUCGCAGUUGUUCCUCAACUCUCUCGCCCCUAAGAGUUUGGCGGAGAUCCACAGUCUUCAUAUUGCAUGCUCCUUAGGGAGCAGCGCGAGUUACAUGGGCCACGAGAUCGACAUUCAACUAAAGAAGAGCGAGAAGGCGGGAGUGCAGGUUAAGAAACGUUUCAAAGGAUUCAUGUUGCAAAAUGCGAGAACGAGAAGCAUUGAGGUCGCGCUUUCCGACUUCUUCAAUCAAGAGAGCCAGAGGAAGAAGGAGUUGACCAUCGAGGGUGUCUACGCGGCGAGGAGAAAGCUGGAGGAUACAGUUGUUUGA